AUGUCUGACCUUGGUAAGAACAAAUAAGCCAAAGAUGAGCCUCACUUUUUUGAUCAUUUAUGGUCUUGAUUGAAGUUAGUAAAGAUUAAUUACACCAGUGUAGAAGGUAAUUGGUUACUGUUGAUUACUUAAAGGAAGUUGAUUUCUCCGCAUGUGGUGUUUGAUUAAUAAAAUUUGUUAAGGUAUUCAUCUGCUAUAAACCAUAAUGCAUUUGAAAAAUGGAUUUCUAAAAUAAUAAAGAAUUUUGCAAAAUAAAAAUUACACAGGUCUAUCAAGCAAGAGCUGAGCGUUCAGAAAAUAGUUAAUAUCCAAGGUGUCAAUUUUCACACCUAAAUAACUAAUGUGUUAUUUCCAAGUUUAUAUCACAGGCUUAAAAAUUCAAGUGUUACAUAUUUCUGGCUUUCCCUUGAUAGCUAGGAAUAAAAAAAAUUGGAACUGACUGCAUUUACCUUUGAAUUCACGGCAGGUUAAGCCAAUAAUUUUGUCAUGAGAUAUAGAGACGUGGAAUUUUUUGUAAUGGGCCCUGUAACUUCUGGCCACAGCCAAAAAUUCCAAAAUAUUCCCUUUUUGCCGGGAAUUAAAAACCUCUCUUUUCACAUUAUGUAAAUAAACCUGGCAAGUUUCAGCGCAGUAUUAUAAAUCUGACAUCUUUUUACAUCAAUUUGUUUUCAGUGCGGUCCAAAGCAGCUGCAAAAUUGCCCUUAUUUUUCCUUAAUUUUUGUUGCGAUCAGCUGUUUUCUUCAUCGCCAUUUUGAAUUCUUACAAGUAAACCCCUGUUCUUAAUGUUUGUUGUGACACUGACCCGAUUGUAGCACGAAACGUGGUGAGGAAAUGUGAAAAUUUUCGUUUGAACUCUAUUCGUGAUGUGCUUUCAAUAUGGUAUCAUAACAAUGUGUUAGCCUUAGCAACCUGCAAAUUUGCAUAAUGCAUGUAGGUCAUUUAACUGUGGCCUUAUCUGUCAUCGACCUCACAAGGAUCAUAUAUCCAGUGUGUGUUUCUAGAAGGCUUUUUCAGCCAUAGAAAUGUUAAAGAGAGAGCAAAACAAUUGCACUUUAUUUAGGAAAGCAGGUUGUAGGCGAAUUUUGCUAUAAUUUGCCCUAGCUAGGUUACUUGAAACUUAUAACGCGUUAUUGCGCGUUGGGUUGUUAGAAUUGCAACAUUUCUGAACAACGAAAAGUAUUGUGUUUGAUUUUAGCCCUGUGAUUAUUAAUAUUUCCAAAAUGGCACUCUUAGAUACCAACUUUGGCCUUUGUUUCCUUGGCUUCCAUUUAAGGAUAAUGCCUCAUUUUUGGAAUUAAUUUUGAGUUCAGGUCACUUAAGAGUACAUUUCAAAUAUUAAGCGAUUUUAUAAGCAUGAUCAUUUUUUGACUUUAUAGCAGUUCUAGUACCUUUACACACUGCAUGUAGAGAAAUCAAUUUCCUGUUUUUUUGGUAUUUGCUGUAUGUUGGGGUAGGAGUUUGUUUCAUUUAGUUUUAUUGCUUUUCCAACUCUUGGCAGAGUAAGCCAUACUUAAGGUCGAGUACUCUGACAAAUUUAUGCAUGGCUUUGUAAAAUGUCUCAUUGUUUUGCUUCCCUCUUUAUUGUUAAGCUUUUGUACAGUAUUGUCAUGUGAAGACAAUGCAAUACAAUGCAUGCAUUUGUCGGAGUAUUGGACAACCCUCGGGUAACCUGCAACCCACAACAUCAUGUAGCUAGGUACAGCACUGUGCUCCUCUGUCAGCCCCACCCCCACCCCCACCCUCUUUACUGUACCAAUUUGGCUGCAAGUAAUUUUUUAAAAUGCCUUUCCAAGUACUGAUUGGUUCUUUUGUUAUGAGUCUGUGACUGAGACUCCACUGAGACUUUAUGUACCGACCAGUUUGAAAUGCCAUUUUAGAUUAUUUUCAAAUAAUAUUGAUGGACAGCCAUUUUCACGCCCACAGUUGUCCCUUUUGUAAACGGUGGCUGCCAUUUAAGGUUAGUUGGAAAAUUUUUGACCUGUUAUUGAGAGUGUUGCUUUUAAAAAAAGAAAAUUGCAACCCAGGGUCGAACCUAGGCAGGCUAGGGACAGUCUCAAAAUUCCAAAAAAUUUAAGUAAAUAAACUAGCAAUCUGUCUUUCUUAACCGAUGCAUCAAUAACAGGUAACCUAGCCUUUUCCAUAACUUUUAAUGUAAAUAGGCCACUUGCACUAAGAGGUCACGUGACCAAUGCUUCCUUUAAACAAUGAGUUGGAAUCUUGCUGAUGCCAAAAAUUGACAGAGCACAUAAAAAUUAUCUUACACCCGAAAUUUGAGAGGAAACACAUUUAGGGGAGAUAUUUUAUGGCACUUUGAUUUUUCAACAAAGUAGUAUGAUUUGUAUUGGCGGCCAUGUUGGAGGGCAUACUCUUGCCCUCCAUGACCUCCAGCAUGGUGGCCAAAACUACUUUUUGCUUAUAUCUUGUUAAACGUUUGAUAGUUACGCUCAGAUUUGCUGUAAACGUUACCACAUCAUCUUUUCAACAUUUCCCUUGAAGUUUAAGCGCAAAAUUUGUGUUCAGAAAGAGGUAAUUCAUAAUUUCAAAAAUCACAUUUUGGUCACGUGACCAGCUACGAACUCACUCUUUUUAAGAAAAUGGUGCGGGUUUGAAAAACCAAAUCACUGUUAUUUUGUUUAAGAUAUGAUCCACUAAUCGUUUUUCGAAGGCAAAAUCAUAUAAGUUUCAUUUUCAUAAAAACGAUGUCACAUGACCUCUUAGUGCAAAUGGCCUAUUCAACUUGGGCUUCAACGUCGUUCUUUUUAAGACUAUUGACCAAAGGCUUGGUUUCCAAUGGUGGUAUCGACCGUUAAAAAUGGCAACGACCGUUUACGAAAGGGAACUUCUUUCGAGUCCGACCCUCGAUUUCGAUCGUGAAAGGUGGUGAGAUUUUUAAAACGUUAUCUUAAUGGUUGUUCUUGUCUUUCGUUUAGGAUCAAUGGCUUGUGAAAGUGAUGGUCUGGUGGAUGCCGAAGUUUCUCAGAGACUAAACCACACUUCAGGAGGUACUUGAGUUAAUAAAAAAACAAAAACAAAGAAGAGGGGAAUCCAGGGCGGUUUACCUCCAACGAGCGUUAUCGCAGGCAUGGCAUUGCUUUGGUUCUCAAGUGUAGUUCUUUUCCUUUUCCUCUACUGCACUCGCUUUCACAUUCAAACUCCUAGUUCUACCUGCUUAGCUCAAUAACCUCUGUUUUGAAAUAUUCAUGGCAUUUAAUGUAUUCAUAUGUAAGAACAUUUAAAUUUUAUAAUUUGUAUAGGAACAUUUAAAUAUUUAAAAUAAAUCGUUAAGCCCUCAACGGUCGAAUUAAGAACAUUGGUCUCCUAAGACAGCCCGCUGUAGAAAGCAGUUAAUUAGCUUACAAGGGAAGCUCAGAAAGGCAUUUAGUGCUAGACUCUGUUUCAACUGUCUUGGCUCAACUGGUCACUUUGUACAUGAAUGUGUGCAUGGAGGGAUAUGGAAGGCUCAUCAUCGUUUAUUGCACAGGCCUGCCAACUCAUCAACUCGAGCCGCGAAUUCGGUAAAGUACAAGAAAGAGAAGUUCCAUCACCAAUAAAUCCUUUUUUCACUGCCAAGAUAGAAAGGAUUCGUUAAAAGCUUGUACUUAGGAAAAGUGGACUUGUUCACUCCCCUGGUCUGGCCAAGCCCACGUGCUUUUCACGUUUAAGUGAGUUUGAUUUGGUCACUGAUGAGGAGACGUCUUGAAACUGAUCAGAGGUUCCACUAUCCAGGCUUGUAUACUUGAUCCUCUACCAGCAACCAUAAUGCGAAGUUGCUAUUCGGGUCUUGUCCCGGUAUUUGAAACGGUAAUCAACCUGUCGCUGUCGACUGGAUCGAUGCCAAAGGAUCUUAAGAUUGGUUCGCUGCGGCCGCUACUGAAGAAACCGAAUGCUGACUUUGAGCAAUUUUCCAACUUCAAAGAAGAAGAUCGUUAUGUCCUCCGUUACAUGCGGCGCGACAUGGACUCUGGUGCUCUACUGCGAAUCAUGCGAAUGGUGACCCUACUUUUUGGAGCAAAACCAUGUCCCUAUCUGGUAAUAGCGACAGCAAAACACCACGCGAAGAUCAAGAAGAAUAAAAAGAAAUUCCGUCAAGCUGCACAGUUAGUCAAAGACGACUUUUACGUUGAAGGUUUGGUCAGGAGACAAACCAGAUGACAUAUCAUUUGCCCUCGCGCACCCUAUGUUGGCUGAUUGCUUUUGGAAACAAUGAUCACAAGAGUGUGUGACUAAACUGACGGCUUACCAGAAAUGGGCACAAACUACUUUCUGCUUUACAAGUUAGGGACGUAGUCCUUGUUUGCGAUGACCGCCUUCCAAGACUCUAAGACUGCGCUGGAAACUUGGACGGAUACAAGAAAUAUUCAAGAGAUAAUAGAUAGACUGGUCCGUUCCGCUCUUGCAAAAACGUCACAAGGAGUUGUUCGUCGACCCCCCGUCGACCAAUCACCGUACUCCACAUGUUAGAGGCUGCUGCCACUUCAAAAAUGGAAAAACCCUACAGACAGAAACAUUCAUUUGUUACUGGGCUGCCCCUUUCAGGGCUGCCCACUUAUAAAUUCGGUUUUUGGUCGUCUGUGCAGAAAAACGGUCCCCCGGGGGAGGGAAGACACGAGGGUCUGGUACCAAGAAACGAUGCUCUCACAAAUGGUUUCAUAUGAUUUUCCCUUGCACGGACUCUUGCACGAAUACUUUUUGUACCUCGCCCCCCCCCCCCCCCCCCUCCCCUUAAAAACCCAGAAGGCGUUGCGAACCUGCAGAAGGCUAUUUGCGUUGUUCGAAGUGAUUCGAUUAUAGGAGUCACUCUUUCAGUUUUGUCAUUGUUCGAGUUUAAGUCAGUUGAUGAUGUUGGCGCUGGGAAACUCAGAGAAAUGCUCACGUUUCAUACAAACCCACACGCCGUUCACGACAGGUUCACGCUAAAAGAUGGCUGUGAGCGUCAGGUUUGGAACGCCGCGGCCGUUUCGUAAACUCAAAGAGAGAAUUAUCGAUCGAUGUAGAACAUGAGCAAUUAAUAAGCACAAUUUAUGAGCAAAGUAUUUCACCAGUUGACGACACUUUGGCUGAAGACUUGAUUGUAACCUGUCGUACUCAGUGACGUGAACAACUCAGUUGCUGAUGAAAGUCAGAUGUAUCCUGAUGUUAUGAAAUGGACGUCCAUGAGGGAGGGACGUGACAAUUUUGCCGUGUUAGAAGACUGGCUUUUCCUUUAAAUAUUUCCUUCUAUUUAAGGCAACACACGCCACUUUGGAGGUCUAAAUUUCGGAUACUGAGGAUAAAGAAGACACGGACAAAAAUAGGAACUUUGAGAAUUUUGCACACAAUUUCAAAGCCUCACCGGCCGGGAGAUUCCAUCCGGGAGCUUCACGAAGACCAACUUGAAGAAAAUAGCAGCUAUUACUGACAAGGUUUGGUGACUGAGUAGAGCAUACAAGUGUAGCCCAGGUCGAGGUUUCAGGGGUUUGCUUUUGUCUGUAUCUGUAUCUUGCUGAGCUUUUAUCAUUAAAUUUGUACAUGAUCUUGUUCACACAAUUUCGUGUUUUUGCCCAUUCAGCAAGCACGAUAUAUGAAUGUCAGCAUUAGAGAGUUUCAAAAAACAUGCCUUUGUAAAUUUGCAGCUAAACUUCUGGUUUUCUUACAAUACAAUAUUUCUGUCUAGUGUAAAUCAGGUCAGUGGCGAGAAGCUGACCCUGUCGCAUUUUAUACUCGAAGAACAACAAUGAGUUUGGAAUUUCCGGUUAUGUCAAAUUAGUCACGUUAUACUGUCACACUAUAUUUUGGGGGACAGAGGGAUUGGGAGAGGGGUGCGUGGAAAUAAUGCAAAUCGUUUCCUUCUUAAAAUUAAUGGCUAACUUGUUUCUUUUUAUUCAUAAUGGUCGAAUUUAAACUUUACAGCCCCCACUUAAAAUGGUACUCAUUUUUUUAUGUUACGAAAGUCUUUCAAAAGGGUACAAUGUUCUGAAUGUUUCAGUCUCACAUGAGAUUCUCUUUCACCCAAUGGUCGGCGACAAGGUUUUAUGGUAGCCUGAGUGUGUAUAGCCGCCCCCUCCCCUCAGAAGAAAUAGCCCCUUGGCGAUUCUUCUUUAUUUUGAUUUAUGUCGAUACUUUGCGUUAAACUCCCGCGUUUGGGCGGGAAUGUUCUGAAAUAUUCAUGGAAUUUAUUGUGCUUAUAUGUAAUGUAUUCUCAUUAUGUAACUUGUAUAAGGACAUUUAAUUAUUCAAACUAAAUUAUUCAGUCCUCAUCGGUCGAACUAAGAUCAACCUCAUUUAUAAAGGCUGUUAUCGCGUACAAAAGUCUCUGGAAUUGUGAACAUAGCGAUUGCAGAUAACAAUUCUUUCACUCUCUUUCAAGACAUUAAAGCGUUCUAUUUUGCACAAAUUUUUAAAGCAUUCUCUCCUAUUUUCACAUUGUGUUUUCGCUUUAUCACACUUUAAUUUAUUGUAGAAUAUUUUCAUUUUUAAAUCAUUUCGCCCUGUUGAAGAGUGCAGAUCAGGCGGUCGAAAGUUCGUGUUUAAACAAAAAGCCAGAGAGCUUUUUUUUGAUAUUUUAAUAUUAUUUGUUCUGGCUGCCGCCCCUCUUUUUUAACCUUGUGAACGUUUUAUGAUUUCCCUUGUAGUUGUGACUAACUCACUAGGAGUUUUCCUCGUUACAUUAAAGCAGCUUGCUAACCACCAUUUGGUUAUAUCCUGUAGGUGAUCAUGUCUCUGAUGAAGACACUCUUCCAUUCGUGGUCAAGUAUUACACAUCCGAAGAGACAAAAUGUACCUUUCAGUUGAGUAACGAAGACGACGAUGAGAUCUAUUCCCUCUUUCUUGACGUAGUAUCGGAAAUCGUCGACGCCCUUACCGAACGGGACACCAAGACGUUUUGUAAAUUUCUCAAUCCUUUACCGGAUUUGAAAAAAGAGCUGCAAGAUUUCAACAAGAAGCGCAGGGGAUGGCGGUGCAAAACUGAUGACGAUCGUUUGCUGCAAAGGGUACUUGAUAAAAUUAACAGCUCGGCCAAAGAACUUAUUUGUCCUUACCAAGCACAUGGAAAAAUUACUUGUUUAGACGUAACAGUCCAAGACGAUUUUGACCCCACAGGAGAACUUCAAAAAGUAAUAGAGACUAACGCUGCUGAGGUUUCUGAUACCGAGUCUGAAGCCGGAGAGGAUACAAGUAUCGGAGAAGAGAAAGAUGACUGUGUGGUAGAUGAAAACCCUCCAAACCAAGGAAAAGAAAUUGAUGAUGCGACUCGUUCAAAUCCUGAAAACCCAUGUUAUUUUCCGACACAGAUUGAAAUGGCAGCAAUCCUUAAGCAGCGCAUAGAAGCCAUAAUGGAUUAUUAUCACGAUAUCGCGAACCUCAGUGACCAUUUUGAUGAUAUUGACUUCACAGUGUACACAGCUCGCUACCGGAUGCUUAGCGAUCAGACCGAGCAAAGGCUCUGUCACCCAGACGCUGGUGUCCUAUCGAAAGAGGAAGUGAUGUUACACAAAGAGCGCAAAGGGAAGAAGAGGAUGUUUAUGUAUGGUCACGGAGAGGAUGCUGACAAACACUUUGAACAUCUCAAGAAAGAGGUCAAAGAUAAGGAGAAAACCCUCUUCAUCAUUAUUGCAGACGAAUGCCACUGGGGAAUCACUAAAGACAAGGACCAAAAGCAAUCUGCACAUAAUCUGUUCAUCAAUGAUUGGUGCGAGGAAUCACCCAGAAAUGUCGUUGUAGUUCAAAUCUCCGCAACACCAUUCAACCUACUAACUCAAGACUCUCGCCUUCCUGAAGUCCGCUGUCUUGUUCUCCAUGACAAAGUCACUACGACUCGAAAAACGUACGAGGCAGGGGACCUCUUAGUCGAAGAAACCGAGCCUGAGAUUGAAGAACGUGUAAAAGAAACGGCUAGGGAAGUAGAGCUUCACGUCGUCGACUGGUCGGAAGUCGAGGUAAAGAACUUUGAAAGGGGAAUGCGGAUGAAACUGAAGUCGACAUUAUCAGAGAAAGGCGUACGCUCUUUAUGCCGUCAAGUCUCGCCAGAUGCAAAGCUGGAUGAAUCGCCUGAAGAGGGUGAUUAUCUUUCUGCAUACCUUCAAGUGUUGCCAGACGGUAACCUGCAUAUAACGCCAGGAGAUGAGGCCGAUGCCACGGUUUUUGAGGUACAAGGCAGCCACGGUAUCGUUACAAUUAAAGCCGUGGUAAGCGAAGAGCAAGUGUUAACCUUGACUAAAGACGAGAGCGGUUCUUUGAAGGCCAUAGAUAACCCGUCGAUGCCAACACAGUUUAGAGUGAAGCUAGAAUAUGGCGUUGGAGUCGUUGCGUUUGUCUGCUCUGAUGGAUCAGAUCUGUAUUUGACGGUUAAUGAACUUGACCAGGUUCAACUGCAACCAGCUAAAGUGGAAAGUAAAGGUGGAGUUGUCAUCACGAAACCCAUAAAUGACUUGGGUGAAGUGUCUUUCGAGUUCUAUAUGGUACAUUGUGGGCCAAAAGAAGUGGACAUGGUUGGACGGCAGUAUGUGAGCUUGAACUACUACCUUAGUACAAUGAACAGCAAAGAUCAAAAGAUACGCCAAGACGAGUACUUCCAAAAAAUUGUAAAGAAUGCGAAAAAACAAGGGUUGUCGAAAAUCGACUUCACGGUUGACGCCAUGCUUUGCGCGGAGUACUCGUACUACGUUCUUCACAUGAGCACAUACGACAGCGAUGACAAAGUGCGACAGGCACUCACCGCCGGUAUGGACAAAUCUCCUUCUGCUCAGUUCUGUGAGACAUUGAAGUCCUUUGUCAGAAUUCUUACGAAAAACACAAGUUGCAUUCAUCACGAAGUAUUUGAGUGGGUUCAAAUAAAACUUCGCGAGAAGGUCAAGGACGAUUUCAAGACGGACUGUGAGGCGCUACAAAAAUUCAAAUCAUUGAAUGAUGAUGGCCCAGAAUCCAAGAAAUGCAAAGAGGAGCUGGUCGAUUCUUUUGUCGCCUGUUUGAUGCAUCUCUCGCCUCAGGAACUAGGAGAAUUACGAGAGAAGUACGCUGAUGUUAAACUUAUCGAAGAAGAGCUAAAAGAGAACAACUUCGAGAAACUGGUGAAAAUUUGGAAUACCAUUGUUCAGGAAUCUGAAACAGAUUGCCUAGUACAAAGUCUGAUUCAUAGUGGCGAACAGGGCUCAGGCAAAAUGAAAAUUGUACGAGCUAAAAGCAGGAAAACCGCCGAUCAAUUUUUUUUCACUCUUUCUCAAGCUAGAAGACUAGCAUCUAAAGAAGAGUGCUUUGAAAUCAUCAGAGAUUAUGGAAAAUUUAACUUAAAGAGACUCAUGACAUCAUCAAACACUUUUUUCCAGAAGCUUCAGCCAAGGAAAUGCCAGUUUCAAUUUGAGUGCCACUGUAGCGAUCUUAAACUGCAUCCAGGGCGCCCGAAGUGUGGUAAUUGCCAACACGUGCACAAGCCAAUCACCCAGUAUGAAGACUUACAGAAUCUUGCGUGUGUCCUCAUCCUUGUCGAUAAAGGGCGCAUGGGUGACACUUUUCCCGAAAGCUUUGAUUGCCUGGACCUCCGCCUAAGCUACGAUGAAGGUUCGCCGAUAGUUCUUUCCACUGUCAUCCAAGAACUGGGAAGAAUGUGUCGUUACGCAAAGCUAUCUACUGAUGGAUCCUUUGUUCAAAACGUUCCUUAUGCGUUGGUUGGAGCGCAGUUGUUUAAAAGGCUUAAAAUGUCCUUGGACUUGUCCCCUGCAGUAAGAGCCAUUUCUUGUACUACAGUCGAUAGGUACAUGAAAAACAGCAAGAGCAAACGUAAGCAUUCCACUUCGCUUCGUUGGUCGAAAUUCCAAGCCGACAAGGAAAGCUAUGAUUACCAAAACAAGGACAAAAAAAACAACAAGCACUGUAACAGAAUCCUUCUCCAGGCUGAACCCCAAAUCGGAAAAACUGGAACCUACCUGUGCCUCAUAAAACAACUACGACAGGACAUUCUUAAAGAAAGCGAUGAGGGGAAUUUUUAUCUGGUCAAGGAAAGCUCUGCUUCUGAAGGCCACCAUGUGAUGAAUGGAAACAACGAAGCAGAAGACUGGAAUUUUCCCUAUUGGAAGACAAUCCAGGAAUCUCCAAGCCUUCUCCAGAAGUCUGUGGGACCUGGGAAAUACUCUAUUGGUGGGCGUUUCUACACUCAUGACACGACCAAUUUCCCUUUUAUUCUCACGAAAAGUGAAGGAUUAUCACAGCUAACUAAGACGGUUUAUCAUCGCCAGGUUGACAAUAUUCCAACUGGUGCGGUGCGCGCUUGGCAUUGGUACCAUUUUUUGAACUGCGCCGAAUGUGGGAGAUUCCUCGAAGGCAAAGAACCAGAAUUACAAUCUAUUAAGGUAAACAUCGAUGGGAAGCCUGUGACUGUGAAGUGUUCGGUACCAGCAAGCCGCCGUCCCUACAAGUACCUGUUGGAAAAGCUUCCAAAUUUCACGUCGCAAGGAGAGGUUUGGACCGAGGACAGCCUGGCUUCAGCAAUAAGAAGCGUCCGUUCUUCUUUGUUUUGGAUCUUUCAUCCCUCCCAUAGAGAUGAUCCUUGUAAGUGCCUCUUGAAUUACCACCACGCGCUGCAACAUGAAAGCAUGGAGAUAACCUAUUUUCAAGUUGCUGUUGUUCGAAGCGAAAAGUUUCAAGAUGACGUUUCCACCUGGGGAAAGAUGCUCGUCAUUUUCCAGUUACCAGAUCAACUACCUAUGGAAGGUGAAGAUGAAGAUGUCGGACCAAGUGAAGGAGGGAUUGGAUACGCGAGGCGUUUCAUCCAGGAAAUGGCAUUUGCCCUGAAGCUGGAGUACGUUUUUAUGCUCGAUGACAAUGUAGCCGUAAUGUCAGAAGCACUUGUCAGCUCUAGGGGACCGGCGACUUGUAACGAUACAGUUAUUAGAAAUGACGACGGUGUCAUUCGGAUGGAACCCUGCUCUUUCUGGAGGCCAUUAAAUUAUCUCCAGAAGAUAGUGCGUGGAAAGGAUGAACCACCUGAUGUCAAAAAGCAGUAUGAGGCACAUCCUUUAACCGAAGAGUUUGAUCGUGAUUUCCCGCUGUACAGAUACACAGGACCGGCCAAGCUGUUCGGAGACAAGCUUCAUGAGAGUUAUGGCGUUUUGGGUUUUCUCAGAAGUGUUCCAAACGCAGUGAGGCCAUUCGCUAAGACCCAAGUGUACGCUGCAAUUUUGCUGAACGUCAAAAGCACGGUUGAGAAGAGAGUGUUGUACCAGCCGUGGCCUUGCUGGGAAGACCUACGUUUUAACGAUGACUGUGACAAAGAAGGUUUGUGGGUGGUAAAAUGCAACCGUUUCCGCUUUCACAAAGUGCAGUACAGGGACUGGAUUAACAGCCUUGUCCUUCCAGGUAUAUUCCAAUGGACAGCAGAUACUAAAGCAGAGAAGCAACUUCCUGAAAGCAUGCUGCCAAUCGAUUUCGAAGAGGGCAUUAUCCUUGAGCACCUUCGUGGCCUAGUAAACGUGGAGGGUAAUGAAAAUUGUUUCAAGGGGGAGAUUGGAUAUAGUGACUCACAGGAUAGCGGCUUUGAUAUAUCUCCAAUGCACUUGCUAAAACAGCUGAGAAUAAACCAGGACGUGAAUUAUGCCCGUGCCAAGCCGCUUUCAAUCCUUUUUCUUGCUUACUCUGUUCUCAAUCCAGCAAUAGCAGACAUAUCAAGGCUGGAGAAGUUGUAUUGUCUUGCCGAAAAGAAGAUAGUUUUCAUCGUCAGUGCCCAAGAAGCAGAAGAUGAAUGGAAGAACAACAUAAGACUUGACUGCCUAGAUAGGACAAUCUUAAAAACGUGCCUUAUGAGAAACAGAAAGGCUAACUUUGCCCUAUUUUCAGCAGCGGACCCUAGUCGACACCGUUUGCGGUGGAUGGUGAUUGAGGCAUCGUUCAAGGGUGAAUACAAGAGCAUAUCAGAUGCUAAUACAACUCAAGGAAUCAUGGAUGGAGGAGUUAAUGAGCUUGCGUCCUCAGACGAAUCAAAAUCGAGUGUUACUGAAAAGAGAGGUAGCAAGAGAUCAGUGGAAGUGAUCGUCGAUGGAGCAAAUGAAAACACAUGGCAAACAAGCCCGUCGGGAAAGGAAGACGUGGAAGAGAUGGUUGUUGAUCCAAACGCAAGUUAUAAUCAGCUGGAGUCUGAGCAACACACAGGAAUUUUGUUUCCGCCUAGCACACCAAGUAACAGUAAAAGGGUUACUCCCAGUAGUACACCUGUAUCCAGUAAAAAGAGGAAGAUCGAAGACUACUAUCCAAACUGUACCUCUAAAAAUACCGAGAGCCCUGAAAUGAAAGUCAAAACUGUCACAACGUCUCUGACUCACAGCGCCAAGGCAGAGGAAAAGGAGUCUUGUUCAGCAGUGCGUCUAGGUCAGUCGCCAACCAAUGAAGAUUCCAGAGGGGUGGAAGCAGUGAUUGAGCCAUCUAAGCCACAAGAAAAAGUUUUAUCAGCUACACGUACUCCUUCUCAUUCUGUUAAAAGGAAGACGCCCAAAGGAGCGCGUCAACAGGAUGUGGAACUUGACGUCCCUUCUACAAGCAAACGAACCAAAAGUCAGGUUACAGGGCUCACUCCAGAAGACCCGGCAUACAUUCGAGGUACAAGCGAAGUUACACGAUCGAUAGUUGAGCUUUGGAGGGAAAAGAUGAGGCAGAAAAAAGAUUUGGAUCCAGAAACGAUUAAAGAUAAACUGAAGAACUUCGAAAAUGAAGAUUUAGAAGAACUUGAUAAAGAAGGCUUCUCAGCUUUAACUAAAGCUUGCUCACUUCCUUCCAUGAGUUUACGUAUUGUAAGCUAUCUUCUUAACACAAAAAUGGUGGACAUCAAUUCUCAGCUACCUGAAUGGUUUACAACGGGCGACAGGGAGGACGCAAAGUUAAUCCCUCAAAUGUCGGCCCUGUCCGUGGCUUUACUAAGAGGGAAUGUCAGAUGUGUUUCCACCUUCCUGAGGAGGAAAGGCGUGAUUAAAUUCGAUAGUAGAGAUCAGAAAGGUAACACAGCUUUACAUUAUUGUCUGUCGACUCAAGACGCAUUCAAAGACCUCUGGCCAAAUUAUGAGAAGAUGAACUGGCGUGAUAUGAAAAAUGACGACGGAAAGAACCCCUGCGAUGAUGCUAAAGAGAAGUAUGAGAACUCCAGUCCUAAGAUAGAAACAAAGAAAAAGAAAGUCACCACAAACAAAACUCGAGAGGCUCUUGAAUUCGCCAUCAGCAGAAUGGACCCAGAAUGGUUGAAAAAUAAG